AUGUCUUCCCAGCCCACGCCGAGAGAUGGCAACGGACCUGAUCAGGAAAAAGGUCCCACGCUAAGCCUGGCUGCUCAGGAACAACCUAAUCACGCUCAACGGCCGGAAUGCUUCACUUCCACCUUUCAAGAAUGUCUGUUCGUCUUGACGGCGACCAUGGCAAUUGGUCAACAGUCAUUCUAUCAAGGUUGUAUUGUUGGAGUGACAGCUUCCAUUGGAGCGGAUCUGAACAUGAAUCCUGCGGAAAUUACGUGGAUUAAUGCCGGCGCUUCCCUAAGCAGUGGUGCUUUCCUCCUCACUUUCGGCAAACUGGCCGACAUGUUCGGCCGCAAAGCGCUUUUCAUCAUUGGUAUGGCAGGCUUCAGUCUCUCCUUGCUGAUUGCCGGCUUUGCCACAAACGCCAUCUACAUGGAUGUCUUUUCCGGUGUCCUCGGUCUUUUCGCAGCAGCCGUCGUACCGCCAGCCGUGGGUGCGCUGGGCGCUGUCUACGAGAAGCCAUCGAAACGAAAAAAAUCGCGCCUUUGCAUGUUUCAGACCCCAUUGAGUGUGAGCGCAAUCCGCCAGGUUGAUCUGCUGGGAACGGCGUUGGUGAUUGCUGGGUUUGCGUUCUUUUCGAGUUCGCUCACAUUGGCAGGUGAUGCGCCCCAAGGUUGGAAGACAGGCUAUGUGCUUGCUCUUCUCAUUGUAGGUGUUGUAUUGCUUGCAGGUUUCUUGUACUGGCAAUCCAUCGCCGAAUACGCUCUGAUGCCGCUUUGGGUUUGGAAAGAUCGGAAUUUCUCACUUCUGAUGGCCAAUUUCUGUCUCGGCUUCAUGGGCUUCUCUGCGGUCACCUUCUUCUUGUCUCUCUAUCUACAGGAGAUCGAGCACCUAUCAGCCCUCGACAUCACUGUGCGACUUCUUCCCAUGGUCGUCAGCGGCGUUCUUGUCAACGUGAUCUGUGGUCUGAUCCUUCAUCGCGUUAGCAACACGCUACUUGUCGGCGUUGGCUCUCUUGCCUAUCUUGCAUCAUUUCUGAUCCUGAGCUUUAUGAAAGAAGAGGCUCUCUAUUGGGUCUACAUCUUUCCGGCCCUGGUUCUCGUCGUCGUCGGUGCGGAUAUCUCCUUCAACGUGACCAAUAUGUACGUCAUGUCGUCCCUGCCCCCAUCUCAACAAUCCAUUGCCGGCGGCAUCUUCAAUACGGUCAGCAAACUUUGUAACAAUCUUGGUCUCGGCAUUGCAACCUCGAUCAGUAGUUCCAUGGCGAGCCAAAAAGCGGCUUCGACAUCGAACAUACGUCCUUAUCUGGCUGUGUAUUGGUUUGGCGCUGCGUGUGCCGGUCUCUCGGUCCUUCUGGUCCCCUUGUUGACGCUAGGGACUCAGGGCGGUGAUGUACAGUCUGAGAAUGAGCCGAUUGUGGUGGCUCCUGAUGUUGAAGCGACUAUAAGACAGGCGCCGGCUUUGGGUUCGGGAAAGUCAUGA